AUGUGGUGUUUAAUAUCAUUAUACGACAAUCAAGAUGAUGCAGAUGAAAAGAGUCCAGAUUUAAUACCAGAUGGUUGGAUAAUUAAUAAAUUUAACUGUUGGUAUCCACUAGAUUUCAAAAUAUCCACUAUUAAAAAAUAUGCCAGAUCAAUGGAAAUCCCUGAUUAUGAUAAAUGGAAAAAAUGCAAGAUUGACAUAAUUGAAGAAAAUAUAGACAAUUAUGAAUAUGGAUUGAAACUGAUGUAUAAAUUAAAUAAGAAUGCCAACCUCCAUUCAGAAAUUGAAGAAAGAGGCCGUGGACUUAGAGUGAAGGUUAAAGCUAAAAGAUCAUUAGAACAACACUAUUCUUCAAAUUCUGAUGAGGAUGAUAAUAUCCUUCUCAAGGAUAAGCCAACAUCAUACCCUACAUUCCCCAAGAAACAAAAAAAUCAGUCACAAUUGUUUAAUGAGACCAACAAUUAUUGUAACAAUAUUUCUCCACAAAGAAAUGAGUUUGAUACAUUAUGUUUUACAAAUAAGUCAACAGUUCAGUCUAGCAGCAGUACUCCCUCUUCUACUCCUAUACCAAAUGAACCGUCAAAAACUAUGAAUAAGUGUAAAUUACCCAAAAAAGUUGUGCAUUCCUGUACUUUUGAUUUCAAUGAAAAUAGUUUAUUAGAAGCUAUUGGUCAUCAACUGUGUAAGCUAUCAGCUGAUAUGAAUAAGGUAAAGUCCAAUGUAAAUUAUGUAAAACAAGAUGUUUCAUCCUUUAUUGAAGAUAAUCCUGUAACUAAUCGUCAGCCAAAUUCAAAUAUAAAUUCGGAAGAAAACCAUUUAUCAUGUUUUCCAUUAAAAAAUGAAAAUGAACUAUUAGCAAUGGAAUCAACAUUACAAAAUGGAGAAAUAAACUACACAAACAAAUUGGUAUCAACACUAAUUUUUGCCUCUGAAGGAAAAAAUAUUUCCAAAGUCACUUAUAGUAUCUUAAAAAUUAUGUUUUCUGAUGAGCUACUGAAGUAUUACAGCUGGAAAGGUCAAAAAAAUAAAAAACCAUUUUCAGAGUUUAAAAUUUGUAAAGUCAUUAUUGAUGCUGUUAGACAAAAAUUUCCUGAACAAAAAGAUAGCAGAAAUUACAUCAUCAGUAGUAUUAUGUCAUGGCUAGCACAGGCACCAACAAGGAUUGCAAACAAAGAAAAACAAAAAAAAAAGAGAGAAACUGCAGAUUAUCAUCAUCGUCAAGAUUAUGAAGACAACAUUGAUGAUAAUAAUAUCAAUUCAACUUAA